AUGGCGUUGGGCAAGAGAGCUCUAGAUCGCGACGACCCGCUGCAGAAUGAAGACGAUGACGUCGAUGCACUCUCACCCAAACGUAUGCGUACCAAUGCUCAAGUCCCUUUGACCAAUGGAACGCCUCGACAAUCACAGACACAGUCGUCCCAACGAGCCGGCAGAUCACAAGCGAAUGCACCGCCCCAAGUCUCAGAUGAGAUGGUGACGCCGGACGAAGACGAGGGCAAUCACGAGAACGGAGAAGAGGAAGAAGAGAGCGAGAACGAUGACGAUGACGAAGGAGACGAGGAAGACGAACUUGAUUCAGAUGAUGAUCGAGCCGAACAGGAGCCUCGCUUGGCUGAUGCGGAUCAAAGCACUGCACAGUCCGGCAUUGUUGAAAAGAUUGAGUUGCGCAACUUCAUGUGUCAUGCCAACUUCUCCAUCGAGUUCGGUCCCACGCUCAACUUUGUCAUGGGUCGUAACGGCAGCGGUAAGAGUACCAUACUAACAGCUCUCAUGAUCGCAUUGGGUGGCAAGACCAGCUCCACCAACCGUGGUUCCAGCCUCAAGGAUCUUGUCAAGAAGGGCGAAUCUUCCGCCACCAUCACAGUUACCAUCCGCAAUCAGGGCAGCGACGCCUUCCGGCCUGAAAUGUAUGGCAAUUUGAUAGUCAUAGAGCGCCGCAUCCUCGCUGAAGGUGGUGGUGCCUGGAAGAUGAAGGCAGCCAACGGUAAAGUCAUUGCCACCACAAAGUCAGAGCUCGAGUCCUUUUGCGACUUUGCCAACAUUCAGCCCGACAAUCCGAUCCACAUCCUCACACAGGAUACUGCUCGUCAGUUCCUCGGCAGCUCAGACCCUUCAGAGAUCUACAAGUUCUUCCUCGAAGGUACCCAACUCAGUCAGCUGGUGCGCGAAUACAACCUCAUCGAGACACACGUUCGUAGCAUGAAGUCCGCCUUGGCACUCAAAUCGGGCGCUCUCGAACAGCUAGAAGCCAUGGCACAGCAAGCAUUACAGCAGUGGCAAAAGGUGCGCGAAACACGAGGCUAUCAGGACAAGAUUGAUGCCUUGAAUCGCGAGUUUGUCUGGGUUCAGGUCAACGAGGUCCGCGCCCAACUCGAGACCGCCGUCGAGAAGACCGAGCGCAUCCGAGCUAAGCUCGUCGCGUGCAAUAAGAGUCUCGAUGAAAGUCUCGAAGCGCUUGGACAGUGCGACGAGCGCAUCAAUCGACUCGAAGGUGAGAGCAACAACUUCGACGAUGUUUUCUCGCCGCUUCAGCAGCAGUACGAUGAGCUUGCAGUCAAGGAAAAGGACCUGGGCAAGCAGGUCAAAGCCUUCAACUCGCAGGAGCGUGAGCUCAACGAAAGCAUCAUCGAGCUCAACAAGGGCAUCGAGCGCUACGAGGAUCAGAUCCGUGAGGAGACAUCAAAGCUGGCUCGCGAAGGCAAAGCGCAUCGACAGCAACUCGAAGAGGAACGUCAAGACGUGCAGAGGCAAAGACAAGAGGUGCAGGACGGUUUACUUGACAAGGAAGAGCAGCAGCGCGAGAUUGAUAACAAGGCGAUAGACAUCGGUCAACGAGAGGAGGAGGAAGGACAGACGCUCCGACGCCUUCGAGACGAAUAUCAGAAUAACAGCUCGCGACUAGCGCAGUUGCGCGAGAGCACACGUAAUCGACUCACAGCUUUUGGUGGCCCCAAGAUCCCAGCUUUACUGCAAGCCAUCAACAGCGAGACGCGUUGGAGAUCAAAACCUCUCGGACCUCUCGGCACACAUCUCAAGCUCAAGGACAUGCGCUGGCAAAGAGUGCUGGAGAGUGUCAUCGGCAACACUCUCAACGCCUUCUUCGUGUCCAACUUUGGCGAUCGGAACCGCUUGAAAGCGAUCAUGGAUCGAGUCGGUGUUCAUUCACCGAUCAUCACGAGUAGCGAAAGGCUCUUCGACUACUCUCAGGGAGAGCCACGCCCAGAAAUCACCACCAUCCUGCGCGUACUGGACUGCGACAACGAGAUCGUCAAGCGUCAGCUCAUCAUGUCCGUCCAUAUCGAACGAGCCGCCCUCGUCGAACGACGCGUGGACGGCGAUAGGCUCAUGCGAACGCAACCAUACAAUGUCCAGGCAUGUUUCUCUGCCGACAUGUUCAGCAUCAGUGGUGGUCAAGCAGGUUCGUUGUCCGCUGCAUUGCAGGAUCAUCGAGGAGCGCCACGUCUGUCGCAGAAUGUUGGGGAUGCCAUUCGCAACCUCGAAGCCGAACAGCAGCGACUCGAUCAGGAGAUUGCCGAGUGCAGCCAGCGCUUACGCGAUCUCAAGCAGGAGAGAAACCGGCUUGAGCGUAGUAAGGAGACACUCAGACGCGAACUUCAAGGCCUGCGAAUGCGCAAAGACGUGCUUCGUCAGGAGCUCACCCGUCUCGACGAGCAGAUGCAGGAAGCUGCACCAGGUAACAUCUCGGCGCUCGAAGACGCCAAGCGAGAGCUCGAAUCACAGAAGGAGGUCAUUUUGCAGCAGUUCCAGGAUAUCCAGACGCAGAAAACAGAAGUGCAAGCCGAAAGAGCACCUUUACGCAGCGAGAUCCAGGCACUCGACGAGCGCAAACGCCAGUACGAGGACAAGAUGGGCCAUCUUCAACAGCGUCUUGUGGAAGCCGUAGCUGAACGUGUCAAGCAGAUCAACAACCGUGACCACUGGCAGAAGAAGCGCGAAGGCAUUGAAGCUGCCAUCAAGGCGAGUGAAGCGGAAGAGACAACCCUGGAAGAGGACCAUCGCAAGAUGGAAGAGGACGCCAAGCAGUACUGCGACGAAGUUGAGACGACUCGCAGCAUGGCUGAGAUCGAGGCUGAGAAGGCCCAUCUCCAACAACUCAAGAAGAAGGCUGCCUCAGAAGCUGGAGUCACACUCGAACAAGCCGCGGAAGAAUUACACAAACGCAAGCAGGCUCUAAACGAUGCCAAGGAGGAAGUGGCUAACAUGAACGAAGCCGAGCGACGUCUGCAUAGCUCUCUGGCCGUUCGUUACGCCAAAUGGAACUUCUUCCGUCGAUCUAUCGCUCUUCGUGCUAAAAGCAACUUUGCUCGAAAUCUCGCGACACGAGGCUACGAGGGCACGCUCAAGUUCAACCACAAGGCCGAAAAGCUCUCGCUUGCCGUCGACACCCAGAAUCGAGAACAGCGGGGAGCAACAGCCGGCGCCAACGCAGCAUCUCAAACGCAACGCGCAGCACAGCAGCAGCAUUCGAACAAAGGCAUGUCCGGCGGAGAGCGAAGUUUCGCUACCGCCUGUCUGCUGUUGUCGUUGUGGCAGGCGAUGAGCUCGCCGAUCCGGUGUCUAGAUGAGUUCGACAUCUUCAUGGACCAAGUGAAUAGGAGGGUGGCGCUGUCGAUGAUCAUGAACGAGGCAAGGGCGACACCGCAUGUUCAGUACAUCAUGAUCACGCCACAGGAUAUGCCGGAUAUGAAGGCCGAGAUGAAGGAUGUGCGGAUGCUGGUUGUCAAUCCCCCAGAGCGGGGAGGGGGUGCAUUGGCUGAUUGA